AUGUCGUAUGCGAUGACCCCGCUGGUCAUGAUCGCGGAGCUUGAUGCCCGUAUCAUCAGCCUCGAGCAGAUGGUUGCAGAAACGCUCCAGCAGGCCAUCACCACCUCGCGCCGGAACGCCUUCAUGGGCAUGCAGCCAAGACGGAGGCCAUGCCGCCGCCGCCAAUCCAGGGUGCGCUUCCAACUCAAUGACAUGGACGACAAGGAGAACAUUUGCUCCAUCGGGCGCGGCAUCAAGGAUGAGCUUUACCACAGCACCCUCACCUUCGUUAUGGACCCGAAGCUGCUUUGCACCAGGUCCGACACCAGCACCGACGCCAGUGAUGCUGGACACCGCGGUGGAGUGCACGCGCAGAGCGACAUCAAGCCGGGCGAGGGCCCCGCCGGCCUGGUCCUGGUGCCCAGCCGCGAGCUCGCCGUCCAGGUGGCCGAGCAGUACCGGCGGUUCGAGCGGCACACGGACAUCAAGUGCAUGGAUGUUGUCGGCGGCCAGGAGAUCUUCAAGCACGUCUACGAGCUGGGCGGCAGAGUCGACGUGAUCGUCGCCACGCCCGGCAGGCUCAUCGACCUCCUAAAGACCAGGCAGACGAACCUGCUGAGGACCACUUUCCUCGUCAUCGACGAGGCCGACGACAUGCUCGACAAGAGCGAGGAGGAGAUCCACGAGAUCCUGACGCAGAUCCGGCCGGACCGGCAGGUGCUGCUCUUCUCGGCCACCUGGCAGGAAAGGCUGACGCAGGCCGUCGUGAGCGGCGUGCUGGCGAGCCGGCAAGCGCGCUGCGCACAAGACCCGAAGCCCGUCGAGAUCCACGUCGGGAGCACCACGGUGACGGCGUGCAAGGACCGGGGGGGGGGGUCUCGUACCCUGGCGAGGAGGGGCGCUGGGCCGCCGGCUCCGAGGCCACCGCGCCAGAGAGGAAGCUCGAGGCGCUAUGCGAGGCGGUGA